AUGCGCGGUUCUCAGCUCACCCAUUUGGCUGUAGCCACUCUUUUGACAGCGCGCGCCCAAGCCGCGAACGACACUAAUUACGAUCCUUCAUUAACCUUUCGACCGACCAACGUUACCGAAAAUGGUCUCUAUCAUUGGACUGGAUCGUACUACAAUGGAACCACAACACUCGAAUUUAUACCUUUCGGGGGCCUCUCGUCGGAUGAUACCGAUGAUGAAGUCUGGCAGUCUUGUCCCAAACUGCGCGGUACAACAAUUGACACCGUCUACGAAACGCGCCUCGCAAUCACCGAGUCGGACGAAUAUAACCUCGGCAACAACCCGAUCAACACCUAUCUGACGACAUGGGAACCCAACUUCAAUUUCAGCUCAUUACCAGCAACCGAGACAAUGGCAGAUAUGCCGCUCAAAUGGGGCUUGCUUUCUUCCAACCCUAUGUACUAUUUUGACAACCUCCUUUACGUUAAAGACAACUUCAACUACACUCUUGCCGAAACAAAGAGCGCACCGUAUAAUCUGUCAAGCACUCUCAGCAAAUACUACGGAGACGGGCUUCUCAAUUUCAACAUGACCAGCUGCGACGGCAAGAGCGAUGUCGCAUGGGACGGCGCCCUGAUCAAUAAAUCCUGGUGGGCCAACGUGGGCAACAAUCAUUCAUACCCUGACCCCGUUCUAAACCUGCAAUUUGAUGGCAAUACCGCCAACUUGACGAUUGAAGGGUAUUUUGACGCUACACCAAAGCCGACCGGAAAUAACACCUUCAAUACAGUUGACAUCGAGGCCCGAGGAAAGGUGAAGAUCACCUUCUUGGGGACCAUUGACAGCUAUCACUCCGACGUUCUCGUGAAUGAUACAUCUAAGCCUACUUGGAAGAGGACGGUCGGCUUCAAUAACAAUACUUUAAAUGUUGGAUACAACGGCUCGAGUACAAGUACGAACGGAGCCCCCAGUCAGCAGCUUGGCACUUGGGGAAUUGCUCUUGGCUCAGCUUUGAUUUCCUUGGUAGUUUUCUACAUAUAA